CAGUUCCAGCCCUUCCACUACCAAACAGACCGUUAUUGUAGCAUGGCAUCUGGACAGCCAAACAAGAGAGAUUGAUCCUGAAAAACCCUAAGACGAACGCAAGUAGCUUUGGUAAUCCAUCCCUUCCCUCAGUCCCGGGCUUAUCGAUUCAUGCGAGAUGGCAUUGACGAAUUUAAUUCUCACUGUGGCUGGCGUUAGUGCUGUAGUCCUCCUCCUGAGGAGUGAUGUCAAGCAAUCAGCUUCAAUUUUUAGGCGCAAUAUUAAGCACAUCCGCAACUGGAUUGAGGAAGAGACCGCUGCCUCCAAGGCUGCAGAGAAUGCUAAGCCUAAGGAACUGGAAACAAAGGCUCCACAUAAAGAUGUUCCAAAAGAGGACAAGCACUAGGGUCCAUAUUUUGCACUUCUAGAUUUGAGUUAUGGGAGUUCCUAGUUUCUUUUUGUUUAUGAGUUAAUUCAGAUUGUCCAGGAAAGACUUGACCAAGCGCUUUGAUACUAUUAGUAGUAGGGAGGAAAAGAAACGUCUUCAAUGUCAGGCUUUCAAGCCAUCUGCUGAAAAGAUUAUAGCACUUGUUCUGAUCCAUGGAUUCUGGGUUCUUUUGGGUUGAUCUUCCCAUGUAGAUUCUCUUUCUUUAACUGAUUUUCUUUUGUAAGAUUUAUAUGCUAGUUUUUGGGCAUAUUUCUGUCCAUGGAUUUACUAUAUGAAAUCUCUAGCUUGUGAUUGUUCAUUUCUGCCA